AUGAUGCCGGCGAAUGUGAGUCUCAACCGGCUCGCGACACACCAGCCUAAUCUGAAAGCUGGUUCGGUCUACUCCCUAACCAAUUUUGAUGUCACUUGCUGUGACAGGGACUGCCGUCUGUCAGACUCUUCCUUAUUAAUCCGGUUGAGCGACUCAACCUCUUUCAAUGAGAGCAUUGAACCGGCUGUUCCGAUACCUCAGGAGUCAUUCCGCUUCCUUAACUACAGUGGGAUGCUUGGUCUUGCGGACUCUAACAAUCAGCUUCCAGGUAAUGCUUCUCAUAUCAUCUCCUCUGACUACUGAAUUGGAAAUCUGAUACUAUUUCUCCACAGACCUUAUUGGGAGAUUACUGGUGUCAAGAGUACUGUUACUGACCCUCCUCAAGACAAGAAUCGUGUCAUGGCAACGAUCAAGAUGGAAAAGUAAGUUUUUUGAGCUUUGUUAUGUCCACUUUUAAUAACUUCAUUUUUCUAACUGUUCUGAUUUCGAAUGAUAUCAGUGACGCGUCUGUGACCAUUAGCCUCUUUGAGGCUCAGGCUGUUAAGAUACAUAAUCAACUCAAGAAGAUGGGAGGUGAUCCAAAGGUUGUCGUUAUAACCAGUGUGAACCCGAGAAUGGUGGGAGGUAAGCAACCAGUUUGACACAUACAUGGCCAGCUUUAUAAUGAUGUCAAAAUUGUUUAUGCCUUAUUCAUAAGGCAGGUCGUCUGUAUUUGAAUGCCACAUCUGGCACACACAUAUACUUUCACAAUGAAACAGAUGCAGGCGAGAUAUUUUUGAACAGGUAGCAUUUUCAGAUUCGUUGCUUUUACAAAUAUCUUGAAUGUGUUAGAUUUAAACUGUAUAUGGAGAGGUACAUGAACGUUGUUAUCGUCGUGAGCAGGUUGGUUGCACAGGACACCGGCCUCGCGCCAGUAGCUCCACUGCUAAAGACUUAUGCUAAGGUGGAGACGCUGAGCAUAGCUGAGCUAAAUGAUUUUGUCAUUACCGCUCCUUCACAGGUAUGUAAUCCGCAUUAUAUUUCUUCCAUAUCAAAUGUGUACUAUCAUGGGCAUAAUCUGACUUCCAACUAUGCAGGAUAUUGACUUUAUCUGUAGCGGAAAAGUGACUGGAAUCAAGAUGGACAAUGGAUGGUGCUAUGUUUCCUGUUCAAAGUGUUGCAGGAAACUUCAACGAUCUGUCUCAUCUUUCACGUGUGUGCCUUGCAACGACACCAACGCAAUUGCUGUUAUCCGGUACCGUGUGGAGAUGUCAAUUGCUGACGAAACUGGGGAGGGUUUGUUUGUUGGCUUUGAUGGAGUUAUGGCGAAGCUCCAUAACAUGAGGGCUUAUGAAGCUGUCCAUCUCGUGGUAUAUGAUCUUUUACUUUGUUCUAUAUUUUUGUACUGUCUAUUUAUUCAUAGCAUUGUAUCAUUGUUUAUACAGGGUGGUGAUGGUGUAAAUCCGGAGGAAACUGAUGCCCCACCCUUUGUUAAAGACAUAGCUAGAGGGAAGACUUACAGGUUCCAGGUGAGGGUGGGUUCGUACAAUUUCACAGCGAAUCAUCAGACCUUCAUCAUCUCGCGCAUUCUCAGUGAGGAUGAUCGUGUGCCACGCCCGGAAUUCGUUGAUGAUGUAAGCCUUAUAUAGAGUGAUCUUCUUAAAUUUAUUAGGGGGGGGGCGACGACGACAAUGCAGAUGACAACCACCCUGCAGUAUUGGUGCGUGGUAAGGUGGACGUGUGUGGUGGUUGCAAACCUGAAGGACCGUCUGCAAAGGUGAAGAAGGCACGCAAGGCAUAAAUGAAUGCAGAUUGGAACUGGAGCCAAAGUUAUUUCCCCCUUUAUUAAUUAAGUUUUUUUAUGAACAAGUAUGCAUUUGGUGUUUCUAUGUUUGGUGUUUUUAUUUCUACAUUGGAAGUUGUUUUCAUUGUGAACAAGUAUGCAUUUGGUAUUUCUAUAUUUGGUAUUUUAUGGCUACAUUUGGUAUUAAUAGAUUUAAGUCGGAAAAGUUUGGUAUAUUGUGUAUUCCAUACGAGAUUAACAAAAAAAAAAUAUCGUACAUCCACCUGACGUAAAACAUCCAAUUCAAUUCCAGUUUCCAGUUACUUAAAUAAGAUAUCUACAACAUUUUCUCAUGACUGCAUAUUGCACAGGUUUGAAACCAUAUGUCUAAAACAUGAUGGUGGAUUCUUUGGCUCACACACAUUCUUGCGGACCAAGUAAGCGCUCCUACGUACAUUAAUUCAAACCAUAUAUUGCGGAUUAUGUCAAACAUAUUCUUAUGAUAUUUGUAAGAUUAAUAAAACUGAAAAACAAUAAUUAGUACAAAAUAAUAAUACUUUAGAGCAUGAGAACAACAAUAACAUGUCACCAGUAAAACCUA